UGGCGCGAAUUACGCGGCGACGCCGCAUUUCGCGACACGCCGGGACUUGUAGUCCUCUUGGAGGAGGCGGGCCUUUGCGCGGCGGCCUCGCAGCGACCCAAUCCUGUGCGUGACGUCUGAGGAAGACUUCCGGGAAGCAUGGUUCCAGGCAUGACCUCCCUAACAGACUUUCUUCAGAGAUUUCCCCAAAGAUACAGGAGCCAAGUUAUGAAGUGCACAAAAAUUAGUGAGAAAUCCAGAAACAGAUUACUGGAAUCUAUACUCUGGGCCAUUCUUGAUGCUCAGCCCCACCCCAGAUCUCCAGCUGCCCAACCGGACAUGAAGCUCAAAGAGGUUAAGUCACCCACGAUCACACAAUGAAUGACGGAGACGGAAUUCGAGUCCAGGCCCUCUCAGAUGGAUGUCACCCGCCUGCUCCUGGCCACCCUGCUGGUCUGCCUGUGCUUCUCCACUGCUUAUAGCCACCUGGCACCUGAAGAGAAGCCAAAAGAUGACAGAAGCCUGAGGAGCAACUCCUCCAUGGACCUGUGGGAUUCCCCUUCUGUCUCUGUCAUGGGGCUCAACAAGAAGUCCAAAAAGAUCAGCAGAAAAGAGGCAGAAAAGAAGAGAGCUUCUAAGAGAAAGGCUUCGACUAAGAAGGUGACGAGGAUCCGGCCCCCGCCGCCCAAUCCCUGCGUGGCCACCCGCAACAGCUGCAAACAGCCGGCGCCCCCCUGCUGUGACCCGUGCGCCGCCUGCAUGUGCCGCUUCUUCCGCAGCACCUGCUCCUGCCGCGUGCUCAACCCCAACUGCUGA